GUUUAAGGCUAUGGAAGAAAAAGUAAAAGCCAUGGAAAAAGAGUUGAAAUUUUAUCAAGGAAGUAUAGACCGUGAAAAGAGACUUCAAGAAAAGCUACAGGCGCUUAGUCAAGAUUUUGAACAGUACAAAAUUGACAAUGAAUCCAAGAUGGAAAGAAUUCAAGAUACAAACAUGCAGUUAAAAAGUCAACAAAAUGAAUUUCAGAGAGUUCAGAAAGAAUUGACUCAUCUGCAACACGAGUUAAAAAUUCAACAUAGGCAAUCACAAGUCUUCAGUCAAAGAUUGGUGGAAUACAAAUAUUUCUGGAACAAGACACUCUCAUUACUUACUUUUACUAAAAGGGAGCUAAGCAGCAUUAAAAAUGAACUAUAUGAUAAUUUUCAAAACUGGACUUCACUGAAAGGAGAAGUUUUUCUACAAAUUAAAUCCAUAAGUGAAGCAGCCUUGACAGAAGUAGAGAUGCUAAAUAAAAGUUUGACAGUGUCCCAGAGAAACAAGGCAUGCUUGGAAGAGGAGAUGAAAAGGCUGAAGCUGUUAUCAGAUGCAGCCAUCCUGAGGUCCCAGGAGAUACAGGCAUCUAAACAGCAAGAACUCAAUCUGCAAACAAGGUGCCACAACUUGCAAAAAGAAGCACUAGAUUUACAAAGUCAAGUAGAAACACUGGGGCUAAGACUUCAGAGGGCAACGACAGAGGCGGACAACUACAAAGAAAUGUUCAUGAAUAAAUCUAAUGAAGUUGAUGACUGUCAAAGAGAACUUAGAAAACUGAAGUUCGAAUCCAUUAUUUCUGACUCACGGCACACAAGAUUGCUUAAAGAAAAAGAAGAUUCUUUAAUGGCUUGUCAGCAAAUGUAUAAAACUUUACAAGAAGAACUAACUGCAAAAGAAAGGCAAGAAGAGGACAUAAAGAGAAGAAUUAACCGUGCAGAAAAUGAACUAGAGAUAACCAAAGCUCUUCUGAAAAAGACACAGGAAGAGGUCAUAGCACUGAAAAAUGAAAGGGAAUUGAUGCUAAUUUCACAUCAGAAAAGCAUUGAGCAGCUGCAGGAAACCCUUAGACAGAAGCUGCUGGGCGAUGAUAACUGGAGGGAGAAGAUAGAGGCUGAACUUGCCAAGGAAAGAGCCCGACAUUUGGCUGAAUUUGAGGAGCAAGCUCUGCUCUUUAAAGAAGAAGCUAGACUGGAACUUGAUAUUGAAAAGGAAAAACACCAAGAAAUAAUUCAAAAAUAUAAGAAAGAACAAGAAGAACUGCAAAAGAAGAUAUCCAACUUAAUCGCAGGCGCUACCAGAGAUCUACGCCGGGAAGUGGCCACUCUUGAAGAAAAACUCUAUGAAUCCCAUGUGCAAUUUACAGAAAAAUCUGAAUCAAAGGAGAAGGAAAUCGAAAAACUUAAAAAUCUGGUUGCGGAAUUUGAAUCUCGCUUGAAGAAGGAAACAGACAGUAAUGAUUCCAUUUCAGAGGACUUAAGGAAGGAAAUGAAACAAAAGUCAGAUGAACUGGAAAGAGUAAUGCUGGCCCAGACAGAGCUGAUGCAGCAGUUCAGCCAGUCCCAGGAAGAGAACACUUUUCUUCAGGAAACGGUGCGUAGGGAGUGUGAAGAACGCUUUGAGCUAACAGAGGCUUUGAGUCAAGCCAGGGAACAGCUCCUGGAGUUCCAGAGGCUCAGUGGAAGCCUGCCAUUGUCCCCGUCUUCCCUAAGUCAUGGUGGGCUAACCUCCCCCGAGGCCGCACUCAGUGACCAGGGAGACAGAGGCCUGGCAAGACUGAACUCUACAAAAGGAUUCAAAACAUCUAGCUUGCGUGGACUGCCAAAGCCUGGUGCUUCCCCCACCUCAGCUAAACCACAGCAGUUCCGCGGCUCUGUCCUGCCCACUCUUCCCCAGCCUCAUCCUCCCAGAGGCCGGCCAUCAGUCGCUGAGACCAGACAAAGACUGGCUGCCAUCCUGCGGGGGAGAAUGAACCAGAGGUGA